UGACCCAAUCCUGGUGCAAAGAAAGAUGUCGAAAGGGGAAGCUCUCCAGAGGGGCAAAUCGAUCGCACGGUUCAAGAGGACUUCCCUCACCUCCGAUGCGAACAAAAUGUUGCCCAAGCAGACAGCUCGCUACUUGGCGUUCGCCGACCCCAGUGAUCCGAAAGUGAAGGAAAUGCUGGCGGCUGUUUUGUUGAAGGACAGGAAGGGCGUCGACGAAAAGGAAAAGGAAGGAGAACAGAAAAACCUCAUCGGGAUCCUCAAGGCUGCCGAGGCUCGGAACCGCCUUCGGAACGCGCGACUUCAGUAUCAGAACCUGAGGGCACAAGAGAUCAAUUUCCUCAUCUCCUUCCAGAGGAACGCCAAGGGUGCUGUGAGACUAGAAGUCUUCCUUCCCCCUAGAAGGCACCUUUAUCGGACUGCAUGGACACCGAUCAGGGCUGCCCAGUCCGUGGCUGACCAUAAGACCUAG